ACAAACAUGUGCAAGACAGGAUGUACUCCAUGAUCAGAGUUGGGAAUCUGUGCCUUAGAGGGAAGGAUUACUGCAAAUCAACACAAAUUUACUCUGUCUGAUCACGUUUAUGCUAUGAUGAAACAUUUCUAUCCUGAUGGGAGUGGUCUCACCAACACUGCACCGGUCUCCGGUUUGAUGUCGAUGGGGGUUUCCUCUGGGUUCUGUGCUUUCCUCCAGUCUCCCAAAACAUGAAGGCAUAUCUGUCAUUAGUCUCCUUCCGGGGUAGAGUCAUUUCCACACGACUACGUCACGCCUGGUGACGUUGCUACCCGGAACCAGGAAGCGUUCGCGGGAACGGCUGUGAAAACGAAUGGUGAUCCUAAUACUCCUAAAUAAACCCGUAAUACGAGAGUCUGGAAGAAGUAUGUUGAGAUGAAGGAGCACGUCAAGGCUUUUCAGCCUCUCCAAAACAUAACAAUGAAGUGAAAGUGAAAAGAAGAAGAAGAACUGUGAAUCUGGAGCUGAAAGCUGACCAAGGUCUGCCAUGUUUGUGACUGCAUAUCUUGCGUUUGUGGCCCUGGUGGUCCUGUGUGUGUGUCUGGAACUCGCAGCGCGGCGCAUUGCGUCUCCGCAGUCCACUCAGGCGGCCGUCGCCAACCCGGCUUUCCUCUCCUUUCAGAAGCUUUUCUUAAAAACAUACCUGCUGGCUCUGUGGGCUGACUGGCUGCAGGGGCCAUACCUUUACAAGCUCUACCAGCAUUACAGCUUCCUGGAAUCCCAAAUCGCCAUUUUAUAUGUCUGUGGUCUGGCCUCAUGUGUGCUGUUUGCCCCUGUGGCUGGCUGGUUGCCGCAGGUUCUGGGUCGACGGCAGACAUGCCUCCUUUUCUGCGUGUCCUACUCCGUGUGCUGUCUCACCAAACUGUCUCAGGACUACUUUGUGCUCAUCCUGGGUCGUGUGCUGGGCGGACUCUCCACGUCCCUGCUCAGUGCGGCCUUCGAGGCCUGGUAUGUGCACUGCCAUGUCAAUGUGCAUGAUUUCCCCAAAGAAUGGAUCCCUGUGACGUUCAGUAAAGCUGCAGACUGGAAUCACGGGUUGGCUGUGGGCGCUGGGCUUGUGGCAAACCUGUUUGCGGAAUGGUUGGAGCUGGGACCUGUAGCGCCUUUCCUGCUUGCCAUUCCAAGCCUGGCUGCGUGUGCUUGGAUGGUAUUUUCUGACUGGGGAAAUGAGGAAAAGAUGGAACAAAGAGGCCAAAGAGACAGAAGCAGUACUCAUCUCGGCCCUCAAAGCACCCCUCAGAUUCGAUUCCGGCGAGCCUGUCUGGAAGGUGUGCGCUUUCUGUUCUCAGAACGUCGCGUAGUCCUCCUGGGUGGUGUGCAGGCCCUUUUCGAGAGCGUUAUCUAUGUCUUCAUAUUUCUGUGGACUCCUGUGCUGGAGCCACAGGGCCCACCACUCGGCAUUGUCUUCUCCUGCCUAAUGGCGGCCAGCAUGGCAGGAUCAUCACUCUUCCGAUUGGCCACAUCAGCCCGCUACCGGCUCCAGCCGGCCCACCUGCUGGGCUUGGCCACACUGCUUGCCUUCUUCUCCUUCUUUAUGCUGACUUUUUCGACGGCACCAGGCCAGCCGAAGCCUAGGGAAUCGUUCUUGGCCUUUCUUCUGCUGGAGUUGGCCUGUGGCUUCUACUUUCCUGCCGUGAGCUUCCUUCAGGGUCGUGUGAUCCCCGUAGAGCGCAGGGCUGCAGUUUUGGCCUGCUUUCGUCUGCCUCUCAACUUGCUGGCAUGUUUGGGCUUGCUGGCGCUACAUGGUGAGGUGUCGGGUGCUGGUGCAGGUGAGGCAGGUAGCGGUACCAGGCACAUGUUUGCAGGCUGUGCUGGAAUGAUGCUAGCCGCUUUGCUGGCUGCUGUGAGCCUCUUCACUCUGGGGAGGAAUGAUGCAGACCUGCGACUCGACGGGACCAAAGGAGAGGGUGAAAUUUAAUCUGGAUGAUGAUAGGAUUUCUAGUAAGUUCCUGAAGUGAACUACCUUGUCAAGACAACUCACUAUAUAGCUGUCUGAACAAAAUCUUUCAAAUAAACUACUUUUGUGAAAUGACUACUUGUAAUGCCAGAAAAUAUUUGCAAAGUGGUCAGUGGUAUAGCAGACCAAAGAUGAUGUUACUUUUCCAUGGUUGCUCGCUUCACUGUUGUUUCAUUUUUAUAUAAGAGUAUUUAUUGUUUACAAUUUUGUAAAUGUAUAUUCUGACUCAGACACAGUCCAGGUUCCUGGAUAAAGAUUGGUACAAAUUAUUGCGUACCUGGGUAAAAAUAUAAAUUCUUGUGUAUAUGGGUAAGAAUAUUUAGCUUCAGCACAAUUAUUCAGAUUUUCAUAAAUUCAUUAAAACCUGUGUUCAACAACAUUUCAGAGGUCCAGA